AUGGACGACCCCGUUAGCAUUAAAAAACGUCGUACAACCGUAAAGGCGGCGUGCACGCGCAUAAAAACUUACGUGGAAAGCAUUUCCUCACUGUCACCGUCAAUAAUCGCGCAGCUCGAGGAACGUAAAGCCAAAUUAGAUCAGCACUGGGCUGAUUACAACGUUCAUCAAGCACAGUUAGAAAUGCUCGAUGAGUCAGAAGCAUCAGAUAGAGUCGCGUUCGAAGACGCAUUUUUCAAUCUUUCGGCUAGAAUACGCGAAUUAAUGCGUACCCCGUCUACCCCGCGUAGUGUGGCAACGGCGUCGCCGGCUUCGCUAAAUACCUCUGAAACGCGGGAUUCGUUUUCCAAUGUCAGAUUGCCGAAACUCGAUCUUCCCAAAUUUUCGGGAAAGUAUGAUGAGUGGUUUCUCUUUCACGACACAUUUUAUUCACUCAUACACAUGAACGCGUCUCUUAGCAACAUUUACAAAUUACAAUACUUGAGAGCCGCGCUUACUGACGACGCAAGUAGGGUAAUUAGUUCUCUCGAGAUAUCCGAAGCAAAUUACGCGGUCGCGUGGCAGCUCUUAAACGACCGAUACGAUAACAAACGCGUCAUAGUGCAAACGCAUCUCAGAUCAAUUACAGAGUUGCCAGUCAUGGCAAAAGAAAACGCGGCAGAGUUGCGACAAAUCGCGGAUGGCUCCUUGCGCCACAUCAAUGCAUUAAAGGCUUUGAAACGUCCGACGGAUUCUUGGGACGAUCUUUUAGUUUACCUUCUCAGUUCCAAGCUCGACGCAACCACAGCGCGAGAAUGGCAAUUGUCGCUCACGGGCUCUGAAUUGCCCACCUUAAAACAGUUUCACGAUUUCCUAGCCCAUCGUUGUCAAGUUCUCGAAUCUACUAGUAAGUCACCCUGCGCUUCUACAAAGAAUACUAUUUCGCGAUCUCAUGCGCCGAACAAGCACAAGGCAUCGUGUAACACAUCCGUUAACUCGAAGUGUGAUUAUUGUAAGGGCGAACACGCUAUUUACCAAUGCAAACAAUUUUUAGCUCUCCCGAUUGCCAAACGGAUAUCGGAGAUGCGCUCACGCAAGCUCUGUUUAAAUUGCUUGCGUUCAUCGACCCAUCUCGCAAGCAAAUGCCCAUCAGGGACUUGCAAGACCUGCUCUCGCAAGCACAAUACAUUGCUGCACCUUCCGCAGUCUUCGGAUCAAUGCAACGCCAGUAAUAGUACAAAAGAGGAAGCUAGCUCGCUAGAGUCGACCGAUACGGUCGCGCCAAAUGCUGUGGUCACUCACGCCUCGAAUACGAUCGGUAGCGAAGGCGUGCUUCUUUCAACUGCCGUCGCACUCGCUAAAGGCAAGGACGGCUCGCUACAAUCCUGCCGCGUACUAUUGGAUUCCGGAUCUCAGGCUAAUUUUAUUUCCCGAGAUUCCUUAAAUACUUUAGGUCUAACCCCUCGGUCGGUGGACAUUGCGAUAUCAGGCAUAAAUAACACGGCCACGCGCUCGACACAAGCAGUUCAACUAAGGUUACAUUCGCGAUUAAAUCCCUAUUCGACGGUUAUCGACUGCAUUGUAACCGACUGCGUAACGGAUGAUCUUCCCGCGUUUAACAUGAAGCGCACAGCCUUUGAAUUACCGCGAAACAUUGAGCUAGCCGAUCCUAAGUUUCAUAUCUCUUCCAAAAUCGAUAUAUUGAUCGGAGCGGACACUUUCUGGAAUCUCAUGUGCACAGGGCAAAUCAAGCCCUCUGAUAAGCAUCCACUGUUACAGAAAACAAGAUUUGGCUGGAUUUUAGCUGGUCGACUAAACCGUUCCGUGACGCGUCCGCGAAUGAUGCAAGCUUUUCACGUCUCGGUCAGUAACACCGAAUUGCACAAUCAACUAAAUAAGUUUUGGCAGUUAGACGACAUUCAUGGUAACUCAGGUAGUUACACUCUCGAAGAGAGCCUUUGCGAGAAACAUUUCUUAGAGAACGUGUCUAGGAAUAAUCAGGGCAGGUACAUAGUCAAAUUGCCUCUCAAGGAAAACUUAAUAAACGACCUCGGCGAUUCAAGAAAUAUCGCGUUAAACCGUUUGCGUGGAUUAGAAAGGCGUUUUAGUCGAGAUCCCGAUCUGAAAGAACGAUACACGCAGUUCAUUGACGAGUACAUUGCAUUGGGGCACAUGAAGCCGAUCAUAGAACAAUCCUCAAAUCAAUCCGGGGUUUAUUACCUGCCGCAUCAUUGCGUUCUAAAGGAGUCCGCCAAGGGCACUAAGCUUCGCGUCGUUUUCGACGGAUCGUGCAAAACCGAUACCGGGUUGUCAUUAAAUGAUUCUAUGAUGAUAGGACCGGUGGUUCAAGAGGAUCUCACCUCUAUACUCACGCGCUUUCGUACUUUCAAAUACGUGUUGGUGGCUGAUAUAAUUAAGAUGUAUCGCCAAAUCUCGCUACAUCCUUCACAGACACAAUUACAAAGGAUUCUUUGGCGUGGUGACGCCAAUUCAGACUUCAGAGCUUACGAAUUAACCACCGUCACUUACGGGACAUCAGCAGCUUCUUACCUAGCCACGAGAUGUCUUACACAUUUAGCAGACCAAUACUCAGAUACCUUCCCCGUAGGCUCAUUGCAUGUCAAGCGUGAUUUCUAUGUUGACGAUCUGCUCACCGGAGCUGAUUCAAUGUCAGAAGCGACAGUCAUCCGCGAUCAAGUAAUACAACUAUUAGAGUUAGGUUCCUUCCAGCUCAGCAAGUGGGGAUCCAAUUGUCCCGAACUGUUGACGGGCGUGAGUGAUCAGAGCGAGGGUCUUGUAUAUUUUGAUAAGGAUUCCGAUUUUCGCAUUUUGGGUAUCCUCUGGGAUCGAGACAACGACACAUUUCAUUUUUCCCAUAAGCCUAGCCAAGUACCUGACGUCGUGACUAAGCGUUCGAUAUUAUCUGAAAUCUCAGGUUUAUUUGACCCAUUAGGGCUGCUUGGACCGGUCAUCGUGAUCGCAAAAUUGAUUCUCCAAGAGUUAUGGCAAUCGGGGGUGGACUGGGAUGAAUCUAUCCCACAGGAUGUUCAUACAAAGUGGCUGCAGCUCAAAUUACAGUUCCCAAGUUUGAAUCAACUACAGAUUCCUCGUUGCGUCGGCAUUCUCUCUGAUCCGAGCCUCUCCCAAAUUCAUGGCUUUUGCGAUGCCAGUCAACGCGCUUACGGCGCAUGCGUCUACCUUCGCACUAAAGUCGGCAAUCAAGACUAUCAAUCAAACCUACUUUCUUCUAAAUCUCGCGUCGCGCCACUCAAGGCAGUAUCAUUACCGCGACUCGAAUUGUCUGCAGCACUUUUGUUAUCGCAGCUAAUCGACAAAAUUGGAUCAUCACUCGAUUUGACAAACACAGAAAUCAUCUUAUGGUCAGAUUCUACCAUAACUCUAAAUUGGAUAGCGUCUCCGUCGCGCAAAUGGUCGGUAUUCGUAGCAAACCGCGUCGGAGAAAUACAACGCUUGACUAACAUAAGCAAUUGGCGCCACGUUGCUUCUGGCGACAAUCCGGCAGACAUAUUAUCGCGAGGAUUACUUCCUGACGACUUGAUAAGCUCACCGAUGUGGUGGCACGGUCCACCGUUUUUACAACUGCCCGAGGCCCAAUGGCCAAGCGGCGUAUACAACUCUUUGGUAGGCGAGGUUCCUGAACAAAGAAGGAUUUGUGCAUCCGCUACAUCUUUCGAUUGCAGCGUCAUUGAUGACUUACUCGACAGAGUCUCCAAUCUUGACAAGAUAUGUCGGAUUGUAGCCUAUGUAUUCAGGCUCUCGACGCCUCGUCAGUCUAAUCCCAAAAGCAAGGUGGUUUCCCCGAAGGAGCUUCUAAACUCUUUAAACGUAGUAUGCAAGGCUGUUCAAAGGCAAGUUUUUUCAAGCGAAUACGUUUUGUUGUGCAAGCAUGCCGAGAUUAAUAAAUCUAGCAAUUUGCUCUCGCUCGCUCCAUUCAUGGGCGAAGACGGCUUGAUCAGAGUCGGAGGGAGACUGAAAGCUUCCGCAUUAUCAUUCGACGCGUGUCAUCAAAUAGUUUUACCUCGCAAUCAUAUCCUAACGAAGCGCAUAAUAGAGCUCGAGCAUCUUCGCAACAUGCAUUCCGGCUUGCAAGCCACCAUGGCUGCAGUCAGGCAGAGGUUUUGGCCGCUUUCGCUGAGAUCAGCCACUCGUAAGGUCAUAAACAACUGUUUGCAAUGCUUUAAGGCAAGGCCAGUUUUUUCCGAAGCGCAAAUGGGUUCGUUGCCCGCGUCCAGGAUCAGAAUCUCGCGGCCAUUCUCACACUGUGGAGUUGAUUAUGCCGGGCCUGUCACAUUGCGGGAGGGUAAGCGUCGCAACUCGCGAAAUCACAAGGCAUAUAUAUCGGUUUUCGUGUGUUUCGCCACCAAGGCUAUACACUUGGAACUCGUGAGCGAUCUCACAACUGAUGCGUUUAUCGCGGCUCUCAAAAGAUUGAUAUCGCGCCGUGGCAAGCCCCAGCAAAUGUAUUCCGACAAUGCGACUACAUUUGUUGGAGCACAAAGACAAAUCAAAGAAUUUUAUGACUUUCUUAAAACCGAGCAGGCACAGACUUCUAUAGAGCAUUUCUUGCGAGACCAACAAACUACGUGGAGUUUCAUUCCUCCCAAUGCUCCUCACUUUGGGGGCCUCUGGGAGGCGGCGGUUAAAUCUGCCAAGUACCAUCUUACCCGUAUCGUGGGCUCGGCUAACCUGACAUUUGAGGAAAUGCAAACCGUCCUAUGCGAAAUUGAGGCUAUAUUGAACUCGAGGCCUCUCAUUCCGUUGAGUUCCGAUCCAAACGAUUUGAGUUACUUAAGCCCCGGGCAUUUUCUGGUUGGCGCCCCAUUGAACAGUUUUCCUACCCCAGAUUUAUGUGAUGUAAACGCGAACUCAUUGUUGCGAUGGCAAUUAAUUGAACAAAUGCGACAGCACUUUUCACGCAGAUGGAGCGACGAAUACCUUAACUCCCUACAGGAGAGACACAAGUGGAAGACGUCCAAGGGCCAGCAACUAAGGCCCGACCAGUUAGUCUUAAUAAAACAGCAAGGCCUAGCGCCUCUUCAGUGGAUAACUGGUCGAGUGGAGGGCGUGCAUCUAGGAUCCGAUGGCUUGGCUCGCUCCGCCACAGUCAAAACAGCCAAAGGGUCUUAUGUCAGGCCGCUUUCAAAGUUAGCUAUAUUACCUAUGUAA